GCCGCUGACUGGCGCAAUGGGGCCGGGCGGAACGCGUCCCCGCCGCGGCGUCACGGCGAGGACUGCGCCUGCGCGGUGGCGGCCGCGGAGGGGCGCUGAGGGGGUGAGGGGAGGUGGAGAUGGAGCCCGGGCUCGGGCGGUGCGAGGGACGCUGGGUCUGAGGAGCCUGAGGAGCCUGAACCCGCUGGGAGCCACAGCGCUUGUCGUCGGCAGCUGCUAAAAAGUCAGCCACAAUGUCAGAUAAGGAGGUGAAAGCAGCAUUAAAGAGUGCUAGAGAAGCCAUAAGAAAUAAAGAAUAUAAGGAAGCCUUAAAACAUUGCAAGGCAGUCUUAAAGCAAGAAAAAAACAACUACAAUGCCUGGGUAUUUAUUGGCCUGGCAGCUGCUGAGCUAGAACAGCCUGAUCAGGCCAAAGGAGCAUAUAAGAAGGCUAUUGAAAUUGAACCAAACCAGCUGCUGGCAUGGCAGGGAUUAGCAAAUUUAUAUGAGAAAUCCAACCAAACCGAUGUCAAAGGAGACUUAGCAGAUGUUUAUAAAAAGCUCUUGGAACUCUAUGAAAGUGGAGACAAGCAGAAAUGGUGUAAUGUAUGUAACAAGCUUGUGGAACUAUAUCAUCAAGAAAAGAAAUAUUUAGAGGUUGCUGAAACAUGGCAGAAACUAAUAAGGAUAAAACAGGAGGAAGGUGCAGAAAAAGCAGAGCUUCAUCAGCUUUGGAAAAGGAUGAUCCAGUUACUGGCAGACAGUGAACAGAGCCAGGACAAUCAGACUGUGCAAAUGCUUUUGAAUGCAUUUGAGGAGGCAGUGAACUCUGCCGACCCUGUUCCCAGUGAAGACCACCAAAAUCUUUACAAAGACUUUAUUCAGUGCCUGUCAAAGCUUCCUCAUGAAACAGCUAAGUUGGAAAAGGCCUGUGAUGACAUGAUGGCUUUAUAUCCUACUGCAAGCUAUCCUUUGGAAGUACUUUGCUUGCACUACAUUGAGUCAGGUGCCAUGUCAGAAAAGGCCUUUCAGUGUUUUUCUAAGCUUUCGGAGAUGGACUCAAGUAGUGGUCCAGGCAACAUUGGUUUUGGUAUAAAAUGUCUUCAUGAAAAGAAAUAUGAGGAGGCUGUUAAAAGUCUUACUGAAGGUUUGAAGAAUGCUAGCCAGUGUCUGGGAGCAUGGCAUUGUUUGGCAGAGGCACAGAUGAAAAUUCACAAGCACAAGAAUGCUGUCCUGUCCUGUAAUCAAGCUCUCAAGAGUCUUGGAAAUCCUGAGAGUCCUAGUCUUCAGCAGAAGAAGGACCGUAUUCUUCAGUUGAAAGCAGAGGCUUUGAUUAAAAUAGGCGAUGCCAAUGCUGCAGAAGAAGCCAUUAAUGCACUUGAGCAGAUUGCAGGUGCAAGCAGCGAUCCAGUGGUUUUAGCUUUCAGAGGUCGGGCUUAUCUAAACAAAGGUUUAGUGGAUCAAGCUUCAAAGAUUUCUCAAGAACUUCUGUUGUCACACCCUGAUCUGGCUGAGGCCCAUGCUCUUGAGGGUUUCAUCCAUUAUUCUCAAAAGAAGUAUGAACAGGCAGAAAGAAGUUUUCAAAAUGCCAUUGAAAGAAGGGCUGACACUGCAGAGUAUCAUCAGUACCUGGGGCUCACCUAUUGGUUCAUGAGUGAUGAGACAAAAAAAGACAAAGGAAAAACACUCACUCAGCUCUUGAAGGCUGCAAAAUUGGACAGCUACUUGGGAAGUGUCUUUUGUUAUUUAGGUAACUACUACAGAGACAUUGCUGGAGACAAAAGUAGAGCUCGUGGUUGCUAUAAAAAGGCUUUUGAACUGAAUGCAACUGAUGAAGAAUCUGGAAUAGCAGCUGUAGACUUAAGUGUGGAACUUGGAGACACGGAUACCGCCCUGUCAAUCUUGAAUGAAGUAACUGAAAAAGCAAACGCUGCUUCAAUAAAAUGGGCCUGGCUUCAUCGUGGACUUUACUACCUCAGAACUGGUCAGCCGUCACAAGCAGUGGCUGAUUUGCAGGCAGCUCUCAGGGCUGAUCCAAAGGAUUCCAACUGCUGGGAGUCUCUAGGGGAGGCUUACUUUGGCAGAGGUAGCUAUGCAACAGCUCUAAAAGCCUUCAGGAAGGCCAGUGAACUGAACCCAGAGCUUGUAUACAGCAUAUACAGAGCUGCUGCAGUUGAGCAGAUGCUAGGCAAAUAUGAAAAUGCUAUAGUUACCUAUCAAGAAAUCUUGAAGAAGACAGAAGAGUAUGUGCCUGCGUUGAAAGGACUUGGUGAGUGCUAUCUCAUGCUGGCAAAAUCAGCCCUUGAUAAGUAUCUUGAUAGGAAGGCUGUGGAAUACAUAGAGCAGGCUCUUGAAUUUUUUACAAGGGCAACAAAGCACCGUCCUGAUGUAUCAUCCCUUUGGAAACUGCUUGGAGAUACCUGUACUACUGUGCAUGUUAUUUCACCAGCCAGAGUGAAUAUUCAAGUUCUAGGAUUGCUUCUGGGUAAAAAUGAAGGCAAACAGAUGCUGAAGAAAAUUGAGCUGCUCAGACUGGGAGGAAGGUGUUACGGCAGAGCUUUAAAAUUGAUGACUUUGCCUAACAUAUGGUGUGAUCUUGGAAUAAAUUAUUAUCGACAAGCAGAGCACCUCACAGCAGUGGAUGCUGACAUGAAUGAGAUCAGUGAACUGCUAGAGAAAUCUUUACAGUGUAUCAAAAAAGCUGUGAGGCUUGACAGCAAAAAUCAUCUUUAUUGGAAUGCACUUGGUGUAGUUGCUUCCUGUAGUGCUAUUGGGAAUUAUGCUCUUGCUCAACAUUCGUUCAUCAAAUCUGUUCAAGCUGAGCAAAUCAAUGUUGUCGCCUGGACUAACUUGGGGGUUUUGUAUCUAGCAACUGGAAACAUUGAGCAAGCUCAUGAAGCCUUCAAGAUAGCCCAGUCUCUGGAGCCCACUUACCUACUGUGCUGGGUUGGACAGGCUCUUGUUGCGGAAAAAGUUGGCAGCUAUGAUACUAUGGAUCUCUUCAGGCAUACAACUGAACUUAGUAUGCAUACUGAGGGAGCAAAAGGCUAUGCCCACUGGGUUUGUUCAACACUGCAGGAUAAAAGCAACAGAAAUACUGAGGUGUAUCAGUACAACAUUGUUCAAAUGAAUGCUAUUCCAGCAGCUCAGGUGGUAAUGACCAAAUAUACAGAAAGAAAUCCAGAUGAUGCAUCUGCUUUCACGAUGCUUGGUUACUUGAGUGAGUAUAUGGAUCUAAAAAGGCAGGCCAAAGAUGCUUAUGAGAGGGCCGCUUCAUUACUGAAAAACUCUGAGGAUACUGAGAAAUAUAAUAUAGCUAUGCAAAACUAUGGCAGAUCACUGUGUGCCAUUGGUGAAUGUGAUAAAGCCAUUGAGGUUUAUUCAUCAAUACCUCUAACUGAUUUUGAUGGCAUUGUGGGGAUAGCAUUAGCCUACUUCAAAAAAGGACUCUUACAAGAAAGUAUUAAAGCCUAUGAGAAAGCCCUGUCCGUUGCCGAGUCUGAACAAGAUAAAGCACAUAUCCUGACUGCCUUGGCAAUAAUAGAGUAUAAGCAGAACAAAGUGGAUGCUGCAAAGACACUACUGUUUAAAUGCUCAUUAAAGGAACCUAGUACAGAAAGUCUAAAGGCUUUGUGCACACUAGGACUGGUAAAGCAGGAUGUUACACUUGCGACAGCAGCCUUAAAAGAAUUACUGAAGCACGAGAAAGGAAAAGAUGGGAUUUAUGAAAGGUGCCUUAUUGCAUCUGCUGUUUAUGCAUUACAAGGUAGAAACAUGGCAGUCCAGAGAGAAGUCUCAAAAGCAAUACAUAGUAACCCUGAUAAUCCCGCUCUUUGGUCUCUUUUGUCUCGGCUAGUUCCACUGUAUGCAUUACAGAAGACAGAAGGUGGAGCCAUGGCAGGAAACAUUGCACAUGCACUUGAUUCAAGAUAUGGAAAGGAAGCCCUACUAAAUGUUGCAGUGAAUCAGUUGGCAGCAGGAUAUCACAUGUUAAAAGAUCAGAACGAAAAUCCUCUGAAGAGUAUUCAGAAGGCAAUCCACCUCUGUCCAGAUAACCCCGCUGCAUGGGCAGUGCUAAUGGCAGCCUGUCACACUGAGAACACUGUUGUCUGUCUAAACAACACUCAGCCAAAGCGAACAGGUCUAGAGAUGACACUGGUAUCUACAAUUUCAGCCAAAACUGGAGAAAGUAACCUUCCACGUAAUUAUAUCCAGACUCUUGAAGAUUGGUCUCUAUGUCAAGCUAUCACCAGUUUAGAGGAGACUGGUAGAAUCUCAGAAGCUGAAGCACUUUGUAACAAGGGUUUAAAGAGCUGUCCUGAGCACCCGGCUCUGUUUUUGCUUUUGAGACAAGUUCAGUGUAAGCAGCUGUUGCAGUCUCACAAAGAGCUUCCAGAUACCAUCCUGGAGGAGCUUCACAAAACAGUCAUGACCAGUUCUUCAGUUGCAGCCUGGCAAUGGCUGGCAAAAGUAUAUCAGUCCCAAGGAAUGAUGGUUGGAGCAGAGAUGUGUUACAGAAAGAGUCUGAAGUUGGCGUCACAGCAGGGCAGCUGGAGUGGGAAGUUAUCCAGUCUGCUCAGGCUGGCUAUGCUAGCACUGGAAAUCUGCAUGGCUAAUGUCCCAGAUGAGCACUGGCCAUCCUUGGUUCAGGAGGCAACAACUGAAGCUUUGAAACUCUCAUCCUGCCCCUUGGCAUCUCUCCUGCAAGCACUACUACAGUAUAAUCGCAAAAUGGGAGCAAGGGAGACUCGUCGGAUGUUGGAAAGAGUGGUCUACCAACCAGGGAAUCCAGAAUCCAUAGUGUCAGUGGCACGCUGGUACCUCCUGCAGCAUCUGUAUGCCAAAGAUGAUUACGAAUUAAUAGAUGCACUUGUAGAAAAUGCCAAAGCUAAUGGAGAUGUUAGAGCUCUGGAACUAAACACGAAAUUGUCAUCAAGUGCCUAGUAUGUACUAUCUGAAGUGGAAAAUCUCUUCAAGCAACUUAAUCAGGCCAUCCUUCAGGAGUAUAUGUGGUUUGGACUUUUUUAUUCGUUUGUAUCCAGUUUAACUUGUUGCCCUAGCUGCAGCUUUAUCCUUAGUUUCACUUUUUCUUGAACUCAAGGGGUUUUUUUGUUUGUUUUUUGACAUGGGUCGCACCAUAAAAUCACAGAUUAACAGAAUUGUAGGGCUUGGAAGGGACCUCCAGAGAUCAUGGGUCCAAACCCCCCGCCAAAGCAGGUUUCCCAGAGCAGGCUGCCCAGGUAGGUGUUCAGAUGGCCCUUGCAUAUCUCUAGAGGAGGAGAUUCCACAGCCUCCCUGGGCAGCCUGUCCCAGUGCUCCGUCACCCUUACCAUGAAGAAGUUCUUUCACAUGUUGGUGUGGAACUGCCUGUGCUCCAUUUUGUGGCCAUUGCCCCUUGUCCUAUCCCUGCAAAUCACUGAAAAGAGGUUGGCCGAAUGUCAAAAACACAUUUGGCUUGAAGGGAAAACCCUGAAUUUUGUUUUUGUUUCCUUCCUCACUAAGAUGUCAGUACUGCUUGCAAUGGGGUCUACUUGUCUUCUAUUUACCCCUUGGCUACACACAGAGAAGUAUAAUAUUAACUGCAUUGGCAGUGAUGCAAUGUUGAAAAAGUUUCUACUUUUUCUUUUUUCGUGGAACGGAGUCUUACUAGCUAAUUAGCAGCAAACUUUUCUUCCCUCACAAGUAUUAUAAAACAUACGCAAAUUUAAAAUGCCUCUAUUCCUUCAAUAUAUUUUGUUUUGAUGUUGAGACCCAAAUCCACUUGGAAUUUCAUAUGUGGUGUCAGUUUAUAUGCAUUUUUUUUUUAAAGUUUUUUUGUUAGCUAACCUUAAUUGCAGCAGCGUAUCCUUGACUGCAGGCUUGAGUAAAUGUUCUCAUCAAGAUAAGCUUGUGAUCAUCAGGGACAGGGUCAUAUUUAUAACUGUGCAUAACAGGCUAUAUUUAUGUCUUGUUAAUUCUGCUGCUGACUGCUUAAUGGGAUGAAUCAUGACAGUGGUUCUUAAUACAUGAUGUUAUUUUGCCUUCAUGUACAUGAAAAUAAAAAAAAAAAAUAAAGCAGUGAUUCUAAUCUGUUAGUGUUACCAUUAGCAAUUUUCAAGCUGUUGACAAGAGAGUCAUGAUAGCUGUCCAUUCCUAGUUUAUAAUUUCUGUAUGACACUAUGUCUAGAAAAGUCUUAGAAUGGUGAAUAUCCCAUAUGAGAGGAGAGCAGACACUUCCAAGGCAUGCGAUGUGCUGCUGAAAUAGUGGGAUUGGAUUGAAUUCACAGCUGCUUUCAGGACCACUCGCAUCUGGCUUAAAGAAAACGGGAUGCUGAGCUGGGGUGAGGGAUAACUGAGGCUCCCACCCAGAACAUCUUGGCAUCCAGUCACGCACAGUGAUGCAUGGAAAGCAGGCGGGAGCCACAGGCUGUCAUCAGGAGCCGCUGUCAUUUUUAAGCCAGAAAGCUAAGCUCAGUAGGCUGGAUUUUCUACUUUGUGGAGGUGAGCUUUCUGAAUGGCAAGAAUCCCUGCUCGUCUCCCACACUUUCGUUCUCCCACCCAUCUCAAUGCAAAAUACCUUACUCUAAAAAGAUUUUUUUUGAUAAAUUUAGAUUGUGGUUGCCUUCACAGCCUGCUCACAUAGUCUAGAAUUAUCAUUAACUGCAAAUAUUAAAAGGGAAUGUUGGAAAAGCCAGACUCGUGACUCUCAAAACUAGCUGUAACUUUUUUUAGCUCUCUGCUAUUAAUAGCCUUGAGGGGUUCUUACAGCUUGUAGUUCAUAUCCUUGUAUAUGGUUUUGGUAUUUAUGCCUCCUACUGUAGUGGUGGGAGAGCCAUCGUAUCCAGCCUGAUGACAGUGCAGUAAGUGGCUGCCUUCCCUUGUUUUUAAUGUGUUAGACAGAAAUGCUUCCACUUGAGCCUAUGCUAAGCACCAGUUUUAGCACCUAGGAGAACAAAAGACAGCAGGCCAGAGAAUCUGCCUUAAGUAACCAUCAACUGAAUAAUCUGUGUAUUUAAAUUAAAAAUAAAAUAAAAAGUCAGUGUUUUUUUUCUUCAGAAGACCAUGAAGUCAAUGACUUUUGCAGUGAUCAAUGAUGAACUCUUUGAACAAGAAAAUGAAACAGCCCAAAAGUAUAUUACAUGCCCUGUAGGGAAAAAAAAAAAAAAACACACCACAUAUCUCUACCACCUACUCAAUGAAAAGCAUUCAGGGAACUUGAGUUUAAAAUUAAGCUUCUGUAAAACGAAACAAUGUGAGGUAAAAAUCUUGCUCUCCUCAAUAGCGUGCAGCCUCUACAAAAUCAGUACUCACAGAAAGCGUGCUCUACCACUGAAAAAAUGGGUGAAUUCACGGGGGUUGAGACAGCCCCUGUUUGUUACCAUUGUAGAGCUCAGCUUUAAAAUUCAAAGUACUAUACAAAGGCACAUAAGCAUUGUGGAAAUGAAGAACUGAGAGCUGGUUAUGAAUUUCACUGACUGGAAUGCCAUACAUUUGGCUGCUACUAAUGUAAAGGAACAAAAAAACAUACCCAAAUUAUACUUAAGUUUUAUUGUGUUGUCUUAUGCUGAAGGCAGAAUGGAAUGAGAUCUACUGAAUCUCAAGGCAGAACUUCUGAUUGCUUCAGUUAUGAAGAUUUUUUUAUGCUUACACUUCUUUUUAUAUAAAUGUGAGGAAAAGGG